AUGGCACUGCUUUCUAACCAGAGUUCCACUGGCUUGGACCUCUUAGACUUGCUGUCUGUGCAGGCUGAUGGAAAGUCAAACCUUGAAGGGCCUGAGGGUGAUCAUGCAAACCCAGUUUGGCUGUUCCCAGAUCAAAGUUUUCUGUGCCACCAUGACGACGCCAAUAAUUUCCUGGACUCCUUGCUAGAUGUGUGUGAGAGUGCAUCAGGUUCCAGCUCGCCCCUAUGGGCCCCGUCACCCUGCGAUAGUGGCAUUAGCGAAGACCCAACGUCAGACCAUCUGGACAGUUCUCCACUUAUUCCAAACCUGCUAUUUGAUAUGUUCUUCUUCCCACAGAACCAGCAGCCUUUUUCUCCUCCUUAUCAUCAGGCCCAGGUUCAGCCGCAGCAUGGCAGAUCCGCCCGAGGUUCUGCAGACCCAGUGGUGUCCAUUGAUGUGGAUUUGGAGUCCCAUCUGUUCUCGUACAAGCCCAUAAUUCCUCAGUGUGUGCGAACAUCUGAACCGGCUACAGAUUCCCCUGUGGCUCACCAGCUCAGCGUGAAGGAUCUGCUGCUUUCCAACCUGAAAGAACCUCCCAAGCCCCCCUCUCAGAACUCACUACAGGAGCUCGUUCUUAAUGAUGAUGAGAAGAGACUUUUGGCAAAAGAAGGAGUCUCUCUACCCAGCCAACUUCCCCUCACCAAGCAUGAGGAGAAGAUCCUGAAAAAGGUUCGCAGAAAGAUUCGGAACAAGCAGUCUGCACAGGAGAGCAGAAAAAAGAAGAAAGAGUACCUUGAUAGUCUGGAGGGGAGAAUGAAUGCAUGCAGUGCCCAAAACGUGGAGUUGCAGAGGAAAGUGAUUCAGCUGGAGAAAACCAACAUGUCUCUGAUGGAGCAGCUGCGGCGUCUGCAGGCUCUGAUAAUGAAAGGCUCAAACAGGCCUGCUCAGACUGGCAUGUGCAUCCUGGUGCUUGUGCUGUCAUUCUCUCUCAUCCUGCUUCCCAGCCUUCAAACAGUUUCUCAUAGCAGGGCUGCAGAUCCGGCGGACAUUAGCACAGCUAGAGUUCAGUCGCGGUCACUGCGCUCGGUGAUGGACGUUCAUGACAUGCGGCCUGCCUUUUCCAUGGACAGACCAAUAGAAAUCACCGUCAUCAGCAAGCUCCACAUCAGACCCGAAUAUGCAGAUAUGAACCCUCUACGUUACAACCGUAGCCACGGAAACAAGGAGCAUCACCAUGGUGACCCCAUCACUGGGCACAUUGCAUUGUUGGGCUGGUCGUGAGAAAGAUUUUUUUUAAUGGAGAAAUAUGAAGCAGCCUGACCAAUCGGGACGACACCGAUGAUUCGAAGUGUCAUUCGUUUGAUACUGAGGAGUGACUUGCUUUUGCUUGCCCAGUUUAAACUAGGCAUUAUUUUGGGCAUCAUGAUCAUUCAGUACUUUGAAAUGCUACUAAAAAUGGUCUUGUUUUUAGGUCCUGCUGCCUAGUGAAAACCUAGGCAUGCACUAAUAUGU